AUGAAUGGUGAUCAGGAACAAACAACUGAUCAAUCACACAUAACAUUCAUCCAUGACACAUUCCAAAAUAUUCGAGGAACUUUGUCGCAAGAUUACUUUGACAGAGAAAUCGAGUCUGUUCUCGAUCGUUUUGCAUUCAACAUUGUGAUUAUGGGUUCUCCGAGAGUUGGCAAAAGCGAAUUGAUCAAUGCAUUAUGUGGAGGUUCUCCUGUUGCACAAACGAGCUCAAGUCUUGACUCGUGUACACAAGAAUUUAAAAAAUACGUUCUUACAUAUCCUCAACCCCAACUAAAAGGGUUUCCGUCAAUCGAGAUCAAUAUCUUUGAUACACCUGGUGUCGAGUCAUGGGAUGACAAAAAAGGUGAACAAGAAUUUCUGAAAUUCAUUGAUAAAAGUGUUCCAAUAUGUGUGAUUUACUGUGCUUCUCCAGGCUGCUUUUCACCACUGGGACCGCUUCGUUUUCUGUUAGAACAUUGUCGAGAGAAACAUAUUAUUUGCGCUCUGAUUUGUACAAAUAUGUGGUCAAACAACAACCGAAAUACAGUUAUCGAAGAAUUCAAAAAGGAGUUAGAAAUAUUUGGGAUUAAAACAGAGAAAAACUUUGAACAGGAUCACCCAGGUAGGCCACACAAAGUCACAUUUUUUGGUAAUAAUGCUCUUUGUGCAAUGGUGAACUCGAUCGAAUAUGUUGAUCAAGAAAUGGACGUUAGUAAACCUGUACAAGGUGUGGAUGAGCUCAUAGCAAGCAUCAUGGGAUUAUUAGAUAGCACGAAAAUGAUUGCAUGGUGUAUAACUGUUCUUAAUCGCCGAAGUUUUUGGGAGAAAAUUAGUCAUCAAACGAAUGGAUUUCUUGAAUUGCGCUUCAUGGAACUGCAAAAUAUGAAAGAAAAAUCUGCUUCUGAAAUUGCGCACUAUAUUUUGCACACUGCUAUAAAGACAUACUUGAAUUUACGAUGA